AUGGUCGGGGGCCACAGUCUGAGCCGCUCCGUGCUGCUGCUGGCCGCGGUGACUGCUGCCUCUGAGAGCGGCCUCAGGGUGGUCUUCCUUACUCACACUCAGAUUCAGAGCCUCCCGGUGGCACUGCAGAGGCGGGUCCCGACUGUGACUCCUGACGCUCUCAAGAAAAUCAAGUUCUGCUACCCUCGCACCCUGCAAGAGCUGCUUGUCCAGGUGGCAGGUCUUCAUGAGUCUCUGCCCCAUUCGCCCCCUGCACUGAUCAUAGUGGACGGGUUGGAGCAUUACUUAUGUGCCCCUGCAGCUGCCUCUUCCAGUGCAUUUAAUACCAGUGAACAGUCUUCUGCUGCUCACCUUUCUGCUCUGCUCUGUGACACUGCCUCCUUCCUAACCCAGCGGUCAAAGAAACAAGGGUCUCCUCACACUCUCUGUCGCCUUGUUGCCUCCUUCCAGCCACAAGGACACACUGAGCCAAAGGGAGGGGAGAGCUCAGCUUACCCUGUUUUGGAUGUUCUCGAUCGAUAUUUCCAGGUUCGGUGCACGUUGGACCAGGACAGUAGUUACGAGUCAACGAUGGUGCGGAAAAGAAAGAAGAGCAUCCAUUUCAUGAGUGGAGGCUUCUGCUAUUACCUGAUGGAUUAA